AUGGCUGUCUUAGGCAUUCUUUUGUGGCUGUAUUUUGUCGACCAGGUCAUUUUGGAAGCAGCAGGGAAUUCAGACAGGUAGGUACACGUUUAUUGCAGUUUAAUUCUGCAAAAAAAGGUUCAGCUUACUUAACAGCCGAUGUCAAGUUAAUGAUAUUCUACGGUUAAGGAUCGGUAAGCGUUUGCUUUUAGUUUCAAAGAAAAUUGUUGAUUUUAUUACGUGACUCUGCCUUAUGUUGCGUACUUCAGCCGUUGCGAUACUAAAAGUUUAAUGAAGCAUUAAUUCUAAUACAGUAAAUUCAGACUCUAUUUGUUAUCCCUCUAUUCAAUUCUAUUAAAUCUUCGGGUGACAAAAUGUUAUAGUAUCUGUUGCAAUUUACACGCUGGCUGCAAUGCACAGUUUAGGAGGGACAAGAAACAGGAUCGAGGUUAUUUUUCGAUCUUUUUUUGCCGGAGCACUUUGCGUAAACUACCAUGUUUUUGCCCAGUUUUAAGCUCUGUCUCCUUUUACGGAUUAUGCAGCAUCUGUUAUGGUUAUUCCAAUAAAUCAAUUUUAGAUUUGAUUUAACGAAAGUUACUUAAUAAGAACUGCCGUAAGAUUGAAUGAUUUCAGCUUCAGUUUGAUGUUAAGUAAAGCUGGCCAAUUUGUAGCAAUUUCAACUAGAAACUGUACGCUAGCUAGCCAACCCUUUCGCUUUUCAGUGAUUUCACAAACAAAACGUUGGGAGCUCGCACUUCCAUGAUGUUAGAAAAGAUGUUGAUUGGCUAUGACAAGAGACUGCGGCCAGAUUUUGGAGGUAUAUAACUGCUAAUCUAUAUCAUUUUAAUGCAAAUGUGCAGUUAAACUGAAUUUCAGCGUAAUUUAAACCAUAUUAAAAUCACUAUAAACGACAUCUCAUUUCUAAAGAAAUUGAUGGAUGCAUGCAGUCUAUUCAAAUACGGUUUUUACUCUUGCGCUUAGAAACCGCAGUUGGCACAUGCAAUAAAAGUGAUUUUUUUGGUCUUGCUUACAGGUACUCCAUGUAAAAUCAACAUUUCCUUGCACGUGUUGUCAAUGGUUCCCAUUAAGGAAAUUGAUAUGGUAAGUUUAUCAUCUACCUUUAAUCAAGAUACCGAAACUAUGUCCCUGUUUUGUCUUUCUCGCUAGCAACUACAUUACUCGUCAAAUUUUGUUGAAAUACCAGACUAAAACUGAGGUUUUUCCACCUAACACCUUCUCAACCGACUUAUCUAUCUUUUAUCUGUGUGUACUACUAAGUUCUUCCCUUCGCCAGUGUUGAGACUAGCCUUUUUUUUUUCAAAUGGGUAGCAAAUAAGGUCAUGACUCAACAUUUUAGAGGGCGUAACGUGACAAGUUUUUCAACAAAUGUGACGACUUUUGUAUCUCCAAUCAUGAAAGACAACUCUGUAUUCAGUAGAUAUUAACAUAACCGAUCCCCACGUUCACGCUCUUGGCAUCACAGUUUUGCAUGUUUUCCCGCGACUAGUAACUGGUGACUUCCGACAGUUCCGAGCUUGGCGAGUCGUGCCCAUUUAAUUUUCCAGCGCUUAGCAGCUGUCGCAUGUUUUUCACACAUGUCAUCGCUUCGAGCUUUAAUUCAGGCAGUGUUAUAGGGGUUCGAAGUAGAACUUAGUGUAAACCGACAUAUUUUGUCCCAGGCCACUGCCCAGACUCUCUCGGUCUUUGUUAUGGUAGAACAGUCAAACCUCCACUAACGACCACCUCUCCACAACGGCCACUUUCUUCUGUUCCCAAGGUGGCCAUUGUGGAGGAGUUCGACUGUAGAUGCUUGGAUGGUCACAAAUAUUUAGUUUUAUCGAGAGUGGAUAAAGUCAAUUACCAAUGAAGAAAAUAUUGAACAGCUGACGUCUCCACCACUAGCUCUUCGUCAGAAGCGAAUCCUGAUCUUAUCCAGCCAAGUCGCUAGGCAUACUCGGCUCAGUCAAUCCUGGACUUUACCGUGAUCUUUGAUGUUACCAAGAGAGACGCCAACCCUUUCCCAGAAAAGGGGCAAGGGCAGGCUGGAUCAUCCAUUUUAGGCCACAGGGUACUUUAGUGCUCUAAAAACGCCAAUCUGCACAUUUAAGGGCACUGGGUAAAAUGGUGCAUUAAAAAUUGGAAUCUGCACAGAAUCUAUGACCAUUUACUAGCGAAGAAUAUCUCAAAGGAUAUGUCAUGAUAAGGAACGGGUGAACAUAAGUAGCCAAAGACAAGUUCAGAAGCAUAUUUGCGCUUGUGCCGUGUUUAGGUAUUUUGCAGUAUUUUGAACCCUUUCGUCCAGACCAAAUAUCAUUCUUGCCAAUUCUGGAAUCCGCCUGCGCUUUUCCAUUCAUGAUCGUCUCAGCAAAUAAUGGCUUUUUUAAAUUCCAGGAGGUGACGAUCGUUAUGUUCUUCCGUCAACAUUGGGUUGAUCCUCGUCUAGCAUAUGGUUCUUCACUGGGAAUUCCAAAGAUGAGGCUCCUCGGGAACAUCGUCGAUCAAGUUUGGCUACCGGACACUAUUUUUGGAAAUGAUUUGAGCGAUGCAAAGCCGAGUAAAGAUUUCUUGUUUCAACUGACUGAAGAAGGACGUAUUACGUACAGUCACAGGUGCUUAGCAAUCUUCUAAACUUAAUUCUUUUCACAUGUUUUUGAAAAAGUUGACUUCUUGAAAAAAAUUCCAUUGGCACUCUUGCCAAUAAAUUAACUGUUUACUGUAGUGCUAUAAAGAAGAUACUGUUAUCACGUUUUUGUCUAAUUAUGUUCAGGAAAUCACUUCGUCUGUACUGUCCUAUGGAUUUGCGAAAAUUUCCCAUGGACCAGCAAAUUUGUGAAAUGGUAUUUGAAAGCUGUAAGUAUUUUAAUACAUACAAAAUAUUACUUUUUCACAUUUAUAUUCAGAACUGCCAUAGCAAUGUGGUUGCGAUUCUCGUGGUCAGCACCAUUGCACUGAGAGUUCUGCCUGGAACCAGGAUAACACACAAACGCAGUACUGUAGUUUCCCAUUUUUGUAACCGAUGGUCCGUUAUUGUUUAAAUGUCCCCCCCAGCGCCUGCAUUACCCUUAUCCAGCGGAACAGGCGAUCGGAACGAGAUUGUCUUUGUUUCAAAUUUCUGAGUCUGCGCAGAAAGCCCGAAGUCCAUGUUUUGCGGACUUCCUGCUUCGGCCUUAGACAGAACUCUCGAUCCUUGGCGCUGGCCAUUGAUCGCAGCUUUAGAGACGAGAAUGCUGUAACAAUAUCGUGUGUAAUAGAAAGAGUAUGAACCCUUCCAGUUUUACUCAACCUUAUGCUUUUGGUUACGUUGUAAGUGCAAAAAUUUGAAACAAUCUGCAACGUGCAAAGUUUAUCCUGGUAGCUUAUUUACCUUCCUUAGAUUCGUACAAUGAUGAGGAUAUCUACUACUCCUGGCUAAAUCAAGAAUCCGUACGAAUAGACAAAAAGGUUCAGAUACCUCAGUUCACGCUGUUGGAUUGGCGACAAAAAUCUUCUCUUCACGAGUAUGCUACAGGUACUGAUUCAGUAUGUAACAGUUAUCCCUGUAUGAGUUAUCACGCAUCCAGGGACUAGUCACCCAGACUUUUGUUUGUUUUAAUACAAGAGAGUAAUGUUGAAAUAUAUUAGGGUGAUUCAGCAGCUACCAUGGCAAUUGCUAUUUGAAAUAUUAAUUCCUUUGCUGUCUGUGGCUGUGUUUGUGUAUAGCGUGAGUUCGGUCUUGCGAUCUCUACUUCAGAAUAAUUCAGCUCGAGGAAAAUUUGCCCAAAAUUUGAUCGAGCUGGAAAAGUCUCGAUAACAUCUGAAAGAACGGGAAUAAACCGGAAGGCCUUAAAAAUGUUCCAAUAAAGUAUUUACCUUCAAAACGAAUCCCCGAACAUAAUGGCUAAAAAAGUGGACAUUCAUGUCCCCAGUUCAACUCUACCGCGAAAGUAAAAUUAUAACCAUUACCCGUUUGCUCUACAACAUAUUAAUAAUGGUUUUAUUUAUCUUCGUUUAAGGGAAUUUCAGUACACUGGCAGCAGUUUUCCGUUUCAAGAGACAACUAGGUUUCUACCUUCUUCAAGAAUUUAUUCCGACCAUUUUGAUCGUGGCACUAAGCUGGGUUAGCUUCUGGAUCGAUAAAAGACCGGUACCCGCUCGAGUGUCCCUUGGAAUCACGACAGUCCUCGCCUUGACGACGCUUAUGUUUGGGAUCCAAGCCUCCCUGCCACGAGUUGGUCACGUGAAAGCAAUUGAUGUGUUUUUGAUGGGUAGUUUCAUUUUCGUAUUUGCCGCUUUGGUCGAGUAUGCUAUCAUUUGCACAUUCUCUAAUUUGUUUUCAUCAGGAGCAAAUCCAAAUCUAAAGGGGUUUUUUCAAAGAAGAGUUAUACCGACCAUGAUAUUUGAGGAAAACGAAAACUUGGAAAUAACUAGUGGAGAAAGCGAUACGUUCCAUCAAGUCUUUGAAAGAAAACAAGUAGAAUUUCAGGUGAAUGUUUUAUUAUUUUUGGAGUUGCUGCGCGAGUUACUUGGUAAGACGGUUCCAAUAGGAUUCUUCCAUCCCUUCACCCCUACCCAAAUUUUAUCGCAAUCCCGGUAUCCCGACCCAAAUUUUCGCGCAAUCCCGUCAUCCCGACCUAAAUUUUCGCGAAUUCACGUUAUUUCGACCCAAAUUUUCGCGCAAUCCCGUUAUCCCGAUGGCUAUUUUGGACACACCACUAUACGUGGAACCUAAAAAUCUGCAAUUUCCACCCCUAGGCGAGACGAAGAGCAUCCCCGUCACUUUUUUUUGGGAGUUCCCUACCCACCCCCGGGAGAUAGCAGCUGAGAAAUGAAAUUCGAGGCUGACCACUGAGAUUCCAAGUAGUUUUCAUCAUUAGCAUCAUCAUAAAACCCUGUCCUUACAGUUAUAACUUUUUUUACUGUCAUUUGGUUUGUAGAAAAGACGUCAUAACGGAAAACACGAUUCUCUCUUGAGUAAUUUUUCAUCACGAUUUUCCGGAAAGCUUGAUUCCGACGUCAAUAUAGGGCAAGCGUCCGUGCAUCAGCGACAGCGGUGUGACAUUGAUCAGCAUUGCAGGAAGUUGUUUCCAAUGGCCUACGUCUUAUUUUUGUCAAUAUACUUUGUAGUUUACUAUUUUGCAGACUUUUAA